AUGGCUGGUCGCGGACGACAUACCGGCUUGGCCAGUCCUCCUCCAAGUGAUGGCCUAUUGCCCCCGUCGUCCCCUGUCACGAUGCUGGCCCCGUCAUCUCCGUUGAGGGACGGCUCACCACAGACGAAGCGUACUCGGAGGGAGCGACGAAAACCCGUCCUGACCCCUAGGAAAUUGGCCAGGUUCUUCACCCCCAAAAGCCAAAGGGGAUCGGAAGUUGGAGGACGGUGCAUUCUGAGAGACGCCAACGAUGCCAUUCUCAAUAUACAGUCUAGUCCGCCUGCCUCUAGCAAGGCUGCUUUGGUUGUAUCAUCACCUCUGUGUGUUCCCACCACGACAUUCACAGGCGACCAUGCCGCUUCUCCUCCAUCUCAAGCGAGGAAACGGAAAAGAGGGCGCGAAGACCGAGCCCCUUCCACCAGUCCCUGCCGAAACCGAAACGCCACUUCAACGUCCACUGAAUCCCGUCGCCAUGCAUACGACUUUAGAUCACCGACACCAACACGACGUUUGAGAUUCGAGUCGACAGGGAUUGAGCGCUCUGACGAAGAAAUAAGGGCGGAGGAGUACGAUGGCUCGCACUCGGAACAACUUAAUAUACCCGCUGGAGACUUGAUGGCGGAAGUAAACUUUCUGCCUCCCCUCUCACCCUUACGCCUUCCCUCUUCCAACAUCCGUUCGGGCUCACAAUCUACCCGCUGUCUGUUCCCGGAAAGAGCAAUACGGCCGUCGGAAGAAUCUGAUUCGGAAGCGCCUGAUUCUCGGAUUUCCCGCAGCUUAAAGUCUAUGGUUUCAGAGAGAGAUGGCCAAACACCCAUGAAGGAACGGACGACUAAGGAUUUGGUCUCAUCCAACGUUUGGUGGGAGAGUUCUAACUGCUCGAGAACAGCUGCUACUGUGGCCGAUUUUUUCAGACAACAACGUUAUGCAGACAAGGAAGUCAAACCUCAGCCUCCUGUUAUCAAGCAGCCUGUUGUUCCCACUUCAGACAAGAUAAUCCCGGGCUUCAUGCCAAAACCCGUCUUGCGGCUUGAAAACCGAGGCUUCGGCGCUCAGCUGCUUCUCCGCGAACAAGGCAUAACCCCUCGUCCAGGACGACAACAUAUCGAGUACCCAGCCCAUGAUGGACGUGCCCAGACGUCCAAGUUUUUCACUCGCCCAAUAGAUGUGUAUACGUGCUACUCUGAAGCACGAGGCGGAUAUAAUGCGACAAUCCCCUUCUGUGUGGAAAGUUGUCACGGCGAGGCCAUAACCGCUAUUGGGGACGAGGAGGGGUGCAUCCGACUCGUCGACAACACUCCGGCCUCCGGCCUCGGGGACCUCCAGACCAACUCGCGGAAGCUCAAGGCUUUCAUGCCAGCCCAUAACAACGCCAUCAUGGACCUGUCCUUCUCGAAUGACGAUCUCCGGUUAGCCACGGCGUGCGGCGACUAUAAUGGAAAAAUCAUUGAUGUCAUGUCUCAAUCGGUCGCCAUUGAGUUGGGCGGCGGCCACGAACAUUCCAUGCGGCGUGUCGCCUUUCAGCCUGGUCAGGCCAACGGUAACGUCGUCGCUACAUCAGACCGCCAGGGCAAGAUACAGCUAUGGGAUGUCCGCUGCAGUUCAGGUUCUGCGUUGGCUUUCACAACGCGCACGCCUUCUUCCUACAAAUACCGGGACCGGUCUCGUUCGGCCCUGGUUGCCCGACCAGUCAACACGCUCGGCAGCGCCCACGCGCGGACCAUCGACGGCUGUACCAGGGGCGCUUCCGUGACAGCUCUGCAAUGGAUGCCAGCAGGUCGGGAGCACCUCCUGCUCUCGGCUUGUGAGGCCAACGCCGGCAUCAAGCUGUGGGACACACGUUACAUCACUCCGCGCAACCGGCCGGAUGCCGUCCCUUUGGCCAUCACGGCGGUCCCCAGCAGCCACAAGUGGCGUCCAUUUGGCAUCACGUCGCUGGCACUCGGUACCGACGGCUCGCGCCUAUAUGCUGUGUGCAAAGACAGCGCCAUUUACGCGUACUCGACGUCCCACCUCAUCCUAGGCCAGGCACCGGAGCUCUCGACCCGUCCGCCUCGGCAGAAAGCAGGCAGUGCCAAACAAGGCUUGGACCCCUUGUACUGCUUCCGGCACCCGAACCUCAAUGUGAGCUCCUUCUACAUCCGCUGCUCGGUACGGUCGCGCCUGAUCGGCAACGGUCCCGAGCUACUCGCAGUCGGCAGCGGGGACGGAGCCGCCUUUGUCUUUCCGACGGACGAAAGCAACAUGCUCGAGACGUGGGACGGCGAGGGCCACUCCAAGACGAACUUCCGUGAGGCCGUGGUGGAAGGAGGUGCAGCCGGAGCAGCCGUGUCUCGUUCGACCAGUGGAGGGCGAGGCGAGAGCUACGCCGGCAUCCCUACCGUCAUCAACGGCGCUCGACUCGGCAACGGCCACAGCCGCGAAGUGACGGGCGUCAGCUGGACGAGCGAGGGUAAGCUCGUCACCAUCUCGGACGACUGUACGGCGCGACAUUGGCAAGAAGAGGCUGCCGAAGACGACCUCACGGGCAACCAGGCUCGUGAUGCCCGCGAACUGCGCCUUGCUGGCGACUUUGGUGGCACACGAUGGAGGUCGGGCUGGGCUGAGACGCGCCGCCAUCAUGACAUGGAACGGGAUUCCUGGGAUGAAGAUGACGAUGAUACUCCCCUUUAUUAG